CUAAAUGACCUAAUAUUUAUUUUUAUAGCUGUGUCUUACUCUUGUGAAGUAAAUAUCUGCAACAUAUUUUAAGAUUUUAUUGAAUUAAUUGUUACCUUUUAUGUGAAAAUGUAAUUAGGUAACCUAUGAUUCCCUAGAACUCGACGCGAUCGCCGCAUGAAGUAUAAGUACAGCUCGCAAUCUCAAAUAGUGCGUUAAAAGAGAUAAUGCAUCAAACUAUAUUAGUAUUAGUGCUGAUUGUGUGCGCUGUAGUGUCGUGCCAAAGUUACGUGGUGCCCGAACCUGAAAUAACCGUCUACAGGCAACGGGGUUUCAGUGUCAGCAUACCACAUGCUCCGGGAAUACGCAUAUUUGGGUUUCACGCGAACAUCAAUAGGGAAAUAACGGAUUCGCAGACCGGAGAGAUUUCACGAGAUAUUGCCAUUCAUGGUAAUGGCAAGUGGACCUUUUAUGACCGAAGGAACAAGCUCAACAUUGGCGACACGAUACACUACUGGUUGUACGUUCAAAAACAUGGUAUGGAUUACAAGUUCAUCAAUGGACUAUUUACGGUGAAAGAGCUUGUAGAAAAUCCUCUUAUACGAAACGCUGGCAAAGCGUCUCACUAUACCGGAGCAGAUGAGAUAAGUAGCGCUAAGACGCUGACGUUGAGUGGAAGAAUUCCAUUGGAUGGAUUUGCUCUAAGCACUGUUGCUUUUGUGCUAAAAGAAAAGUUAGAUAUAGAUCCUGUGAUUGUAGCUGCACAGCGAAAUUCUGAUGGCAGUAUUACGUUCGAAGUUCCAUCAAUUCAGGACAAGUCGAAUAUCCUUGCAGCUGCGAAAAGCAGUUUCAGUGCAGGGACAAAAAUCAAUAUACAGUAGUAAUACGUCCUAUAUUUUUUCCGUACUAGUCCUUUAUCGAAAAGGAAGAAGCAUUUCUUCGAAAUAAUUUCGAAGUGCCCAAAAAGUGUGUCUCUUUCCGCGACGUUUCCAAUAAUAUCUUCUCUGUAA